CUCAAGUGAAAAGCAUGUGUUUAUCAAAAUAUUCUUAUUGAAAUUUAUAAAAAUAAAAGUUUACAAUAAAAAAUGGGUCGUAAAAUACCUGGAAAGAAACAUCAUGGAGUGAAAGACCCAUUGAAGCAACAGGCAAAACGCUUAGAUGAAUUAAAAACAAAAAUAAAUGCACCUCCCAAAAAUGACGAUGAACAAGGAUUACCUAAAAGUCUUUUACGUGUUAUUGAUUUAAAAAAUAAAGUCAAGAAUGGUAAAAUAGUGAAAAAGAAGAAAAAAAAAUCAAAUCGUGGUUUGAUUACUCUUGGAGCACAAAAUAAUAAAUUACCACAUCCCAAAGCAAGACCCGAGAAAGCAAUUCCUAUAUUUAAUCAAAAAUAUGGUGAAACUCCUGAGGCUUUUCUAAGACGAGUUAAUCGGGAAACGGAGAAUUUUUUACAUGAAACUCAAUUUGAAAAUAAAUAUAAUGUUCAAGUUAAACGAAAUACGGAAACAGGAGUAAUUGAAGGUAUUGAAAAAAGGCCUAAAGAUGAAAUUGAGGAAAUAUUGAAACUUAAAUCGAAACAUAAAAAUAUAAAAAAGAAAAAGAAAGUCAAGAAACCCGAAGAUGAGGUUAAGUUAACAAAAAAUCAAAAAAGGAAGAAGAAACUCGAAAUGAAAAAAGACAAGAAGUUGCAGGAUGAUAUAGAUGAAUUUAAAACAUUUCGAGAUAAUGUUGCAUUUGGUGAAGUUGCACAUGCACCGCCAGAAUUAAAAAUUCAUCCAAAGAAGAUUAAUAAAAGCGAUAGUGUCAGGCCUGGUAGGAAAGAUUUGUUAUUAAAUUCCAUGCUUGAUGCAAAUAAAAAUCAACAAUCAGAGCUUGUUAAGAAAAAUAUCAAUAGAACCGGUAAGAGAAAAGAUUUGCCAGUAGGAGAGAGAGUUCGAUUGGAGAAACAACAAAAUGAUGCAGUUGCUGCUUACAGAUUAUUAAAGUCUCGUAAACAAAUUUAAAACCUUAGGAAAUUGGUAACUAAAUUUAUAUAUUAAAUAAUAGAAAUAAAACAUUUAAACAUUAAUAAAAAAAAAAAUAAUAAAACCGAUAUUUUCAAACAA